AUGGGGGAGCAAAGCCAUGAAAAAGAUCAUGAUGAAGCGCACUCCUACAAUCCAUUCGUUCGCUCUGCCGUUGAAUACGAUGCUGACACACGCCUCCAAAUGGCAGAAAAUGCGGCAUCUGCAAGAAAACUAUUUGUAUCGUCUGCCCUCAAAGAUAUUAUCGUGAAUCCUGAAAACUUCUAUCAUGAUUUCCAGCAAUCUGCACAGAUGGCGGAGGAUGCUAAUCAGAGACGACAGGUGUCAUACAACACGAAACGAGAGGCUCAUAUUCAUCAGCUAAAAGCGCAAGGAUUGCCUCUGCCGUCAAAUAUACCAAUGAUCGAGAUUAACCCAACUAGAGUAACCCUCAAUAUGGAGUUUGAAUCCCAAUACUAUUCACUAAUGACCAGUGACAACGGGGAUCACGAGAAUGUCGCGUCAAUCAUGGCAGAAACUAACACCCUCAUUCAACUUCCCGAUCGUUCUGUCGGAGGAACUACACCUGAUCCAUUUGCACAGCAAGUAACCAUCACUGGAUACUUUGGUGACGUGGAUAGAGCACGAAUGUUGAUGAGAAGAAACUGUCAUUUUACAGUUUUUAUGGCACUGUCAAAAAUGAAGAUGCCACUUCACGAACUUCAGGCACAUGUCAGACAGAACCCCAUUCAAAAUGUGGAAAUGUCUUUCGUCGAUGCUCCAGAAAAGAAUGGAAUCGUCACAACCUAUCUUCGUAUCACCGCCCGCGAAAAGAAUCAGCAUGAACUGAUCGAAGCUGCAAAACGACUGAAUGAAAUACUUUUCCGCGAGUCUCCGGCACCGGAGAAUAAUUUCACUCUCCAUUUCACAUUGUCAACAUACUACGUGGAUCAAGUUCUUGGAAGUUCAUCGACGGCGCAACUCAUGCCUGUAAUCGAGAGGGAGACAACGACAAUAAUUAGUUAUCCAUGUUACAAUAAUCGAAACGAAACUCGUGGAAAUAUUUAUGAAAUUAAAGUUGUUGGGAACAUUGACAAUGUUCUUAAAGCCAGGAGAUACAUAAUGGACCUCCUUCCUAUUUCGAUGUGUUUCAACAUUAAAAAUACUGAUAUGGCAGAACCGAGCAGAGUUUCUGAUCGGAACAUACACAUGAUUAUUGAUGAGAGUGGGAUUAUUCUUAAAAUGACUCCUUCCGUGUAUGAGCCCGCGGAUCUACUGUCAGGAGAGGUUCCGUUGAACUGUGCCAGUCUUCGUUCGAAGGAGUUUAACAUAAAGAAGCUGUACACCGCUUAUCAAAAAGUUCUCUCGAAAAAAUUUGAUUUCAUUGCUCCACAACCAAAUGAUUAUGACAACUCCAUCUGGCAUCAUUCUCUUCCGGCAAACUUUUUGAAAAAUUUCAAUAUGCCGUGUCGGGGUGAACUUUCUGAUGGUUCAAACGGUCGUCGUCAUAGAAGCUCAUCAAUAGCUUCUUCUCGUUCCAAACACAGUUACAUGAGCAAAGGAAAACAAUUUUCUGAGUCGUCUGGGGGUCCAUCAAGGUCUCACACAAGAGUAUCUUCGUUUUCCGAAAAUUCAUCAACCGUCCCUAUUAUGCAAUUUCCAACGCCACAUUUUGCACCACCAAUGUUAACUCCUCAUCAUCACAUGCUGAAAUACGUCUAUUUGCAGCAACAUCAGCAAGCUCAGACAUUUUUGAAAGGUGCAGCUGGAUUACAUCCUGGCACACAUAUCAUGUUCCCUCCACCGAUCAUCGUCGAUGGAUCCUUUGUGUCUGCUCUGCCAUUUGCGGAUCCUGUAGUAUUUGAUGGUUUUCCUUAUGUCCACGGAUUGUUUCCGGUAAAUGAAGCCGAACAACACAGAAAUCACCGUGAAUCAUCACCAUCUCUACGAUCAACACAAGAAAUCAGAAAACCGUCUAGAAACAUGGGAAAUCGACCAUCAUCGAGCACAGGUUCUUAUUAUCCAUCGACAACACCUCGUCAACGUGUUUACGAACAAGUUCGAGAAGAUGAUCUUCGUUCACAUAUUGGUUCAAGAAGAACAUCAGUGAAUGGAGACGAUCAGAAUGUUGAAAGCAUGCACGACCAAGGAUAUGAAAGACAGUACCCACGACAGCAUCAAAGACUUCAGAAGGAUGAUCAACAACGCUGGAAGACAGGAAGUCGUGGAGAUAUUCACUCAAGUAGAACAAUUAAUGUGCACAGAGACGUUCGCAAUUCCAAUGAAUACGACUUUCAUGUGGGAAAUUCUGGGCCAGCUAAGAGGUCCCCGUCUUUGGAACAAGUACAAUUGCAAAUGACACACCACUUGAAGUUGAAAUCGAAUGAUGUUGAUUUGGAUCAUGAAAAGCUUUAUAUGCAUGAGUCACCGCACAAUGAUUCUGAUACUACAGUUUCUGCAAGUGGCUUCGGAAAUGAUUUAAUGGAUGGAGACUUUGUUCAGAGAUUCCUAUCCAAUGCAAAUAUCAAUGAAUCGGGAAGAAGACCAAGAACAGUUAGCUGUUUUACCGAGAAAGAUGGUCAAUCCGCCCGAUACAUCGAUUCUGAUGGUGCAUACAGCGUUGUUGAUCAUGCAUCCACACAUCAAUCUCGUUCAUAUGAUAGCUUCAGAAAAGUUGGCGACAACGGAGUCACAAAAACCAUAUUGGAACCACGUGCUCGAGUAGAGAAAGAUUAUGGCAAAAUAAGCCUAGAACACAAGACGAAAUACUCAAAUGAGUACGGUGAUGAAGAGAAGUCAGCAGAAAAUGAUACGUCUUCGUUGGGAUCUAGACAAUACAGAAUUGAUCCAAUGAAGUUAAUAGCUAGUGUUCGUGAAUCGAGUGAGCAACUACCACGUAUUCAUGAAAGGCAGUUUAGCGAUGUUCUGAAUGAAAAAGAAAAAGAGAUCGCCGACAAAAGUAUUGAAUCUACAGUAACCCAAGAUCUUUCGUUAGACGAAACAUCUACAUAUUGAGAAAUCGGGAUUUUUCCAAUAGCUUCUUCUACUUCUUACAUCAAUUUUCGCUAUAUAUGAACCCUAUUUGUGCAUAUCGUAUACGGCUCCAUCAAUUUUUAUCUUACAAACCAUCCAUUUGCCUGUCGAGAAUAUCUUUGUAUCCACGGGACUUAUACGACUAGGCCGAUGGUUGGUGCUUAGCCUUCACAGUUCUACACUUAUUUUAACCGAAAUUAUUUUCCAAUUCUUCCCGUAUUAUUUCAUUGUUGUCACCUCUUCGUUCGUCAUUUUUCUAUCUUUUCAUUCCUUUUGCAGACGUUGGAAGCAUAGGUAACAUGAAAAAUUAAAUGAAUUCACAAUGAAAUUCAGAAUUUUCGUGCAUCUAUACUUCCAAUUGCAAUUUAUGGCACUGUCGAUGUUCCCUUCCCUAUAUUUAAUGUUCUUCCUUUUUUCUCCCAUAAUUCCCAGUUGUUUUUGAUCGCAAUAUUGUCCCGGGUCCCAUCAUAUCUAGGUUUGUUUCAAUGUAUUCCAUCUUUCCUUUCUUUUUUCAUCACUUCAUAUACACUACCACUUUUAUUGUCUUUUCUUUUUUUUUCGUCAUUCAACUAGGAUUUCAUUAGCAGUUUAUCCCAAUUUCCUCUACAGUUCUGUUUAUAAAUGAAAGAAUUGCGG